AUGGCCUACCAGGGCGGUGAAGCCGCUAAUUACUACAGCCCACCUCAUGGCGGUGGUGGUGGGCCGCAGUAUCCCCCUCCGAACAACUCGUACGAAAUGCAGCAACCGCAGAAUGGAUACUACAACCGACCUCCGCCGCCGCCUCCUCCUCCUGCUGGGGGUGGGGGUUAUAGUAACGUGCCGAUGAACGAUGGGGGGUAUCACAAUGGGUAUGGGGCGCCACCGCCUCCACCGCCGCCGACUGGACCAGAUGGGAAGAUGGGACCUCCCCCGAGUUAUGACGAGGUUUUUGCGGUGCAGAAGCCAAAGUGGAAUGAUUUGUGGGCGGGGGUGUUGUUUUUGGCGACUUGUGCUGGGUUUGUGGCUGUUAGUGCUAUUUCGAUUCAGGGAUAUGCUGCGACUCGUAAUAUCAACUCGGGCGGCCUCAAUGGGCAGCGGAACAGAUUCGGGUUGACGACGCAUACGAUUUGGCUGUUUGGCUGGGUGCUCAUAACGGCUAUUGUGCUCAGCUACGGGUACAUGUGGGUUGCGAGGAAGUUUACGAAGCAGUUCAUCUGGAUUACGGGGAUUCUCAACGUUGUGCUUGGUUUUGCGACGGCCUUGUACAUGCUGUCGAGAAAGUACUACUCUGGCGGGAUCGUGUUUUUGAUCUUCGCCAUUUUUCAGCUGAUCUGCUUUAUCAGCUGGCGGUCCCGGAUUCCGUUCAGCGUGUUGAUGCUGCAGACGGCCAUUGAUGUGGCCAAGAAUUUUGGGCAUGUUUAUCUUGUCAGCGCGAUUGGCGGGCUGUUGGCUACGUUGUUUGCGGCGUGGUUUUCGGUGACGCUAGUUAGUGUCUAUGUCAAGUAUCAGCCGGAUCCGAAUAACCCGGCUUGUAGGCAGGGCGCGGGGGGAUGUUCGAGUGGAAAGGUGAUUGGGCUGAUUGCGUUUAUUACUUUUGCCGCGUAUUGGAUUUCGGAGUGGUUGAAGAACACGAUUCAUACUACUAUUGCGGGGGUUUAUGGGUCGUGGUAUUUCAACUCGAGGAACUUUCCAACGGGGGUGACGAGGGGGGCGUUGAAGAGGUGCUUGACGUAUAGCUUUGGGAGUAUCAGCUUGGGGAGCUUGGUGGUGGCUAUUAUCAAUUUCCUGAGGCAGUUGGCGUCUGUGGCGAGGGCUCAGGCGUCAUCGGAUGGGGAUAUUUUGGGGAUGAUCUUGUGGUGUAUUGUGGGGUGUCUUAUUGGGUUGUUGGACUGGGCGGUUCAGUUCUUGAAUCGGUACGCUUUUGCGCACAUUGCGCUUUAUGGGAAGGCGUAUGUGCCGGCGGCGAAGGAUACUUGGAAGAUGAUCAAGGACCGCGGUAUCGACGCCCUCGUCAACGAAUGCCUCAUCGGCCCUGUCCUCGGCAUGGGCGCCAUGUUUGUCGGGUACGCCACCGCGCUGAUGGCCUAUUGCUACAUGGUCUUCACCAACCCCUCGUACAACUCUGGCGGGGGCUUCACGCCGGUGGUGGUUGCGUUUGCCUUCUUGAUCGGGUUGCAGAUCUGCAAUGUGUUCACCACCCCGCUCAGCAGCGGUAUCGACACCAUCUUCGUGGCUAGCGCUUGGGACCCCGAGGUCAUGAUCCGGGAUCAUCCGGAUUUGUAUCACAGGAUGGUGGCGGUUUACCCUGAGGUACAGCAGGCUAUUCACGCUUGAGCGGACGUGGAAACGUUUCUGCAAAGGAGUAGGGAGUUUAGUGUUAUAUCGUAAGGGAAGAGCAACCAGAAUGGAAGGGGGUGGUGGUGAUAGUGCUAUUGUGGAAGUGUUGCUAGAAAGUAAUGGUAAUAAGUCGAUUGACGUUCACUGUUGUUCUAUGAUGCCUUGUCCAACCAACAGAGGAUAGUCCGGGCUCUACAUGCCCGAGGCAUAUUGCAACCG